UUUUCCCUAUGAUAAGUAUUGGUCUUUUUUGUUAUCUGCAUCAGUGUAUGCAUAUUUGGCUCGGAAAGAGCUUCCAGUCACAUGUCAAGUCGUCGUGCUAAGUCUUCGGGGGGGUACACUACUAAGCAAAAUUCCUCUGAGGCUUCCACAUAUCGAGCAGCCAAACCAAGAAGUAACGCCUCUCUUCCAGAAUCUGAACCAUAUUUGAAACGAUUACGACCACGUCCUACGAAACAGACAGAUCAUUAUCAAACUACUCUAUCUGUAGGGUUGUAGUCACACCCAGAAAGAGAUCAACAGAAGUCAGUCCCCAUACUGCUCCACAAUCUAAAGUCACAAGAACUGAGGUAACAACAGAGGCAGAUUUUCAGAUCAGCGGACUUCAUAGAUUAACGGAGAAAUCAUCUGCGUCAAAGAAGUUGGAUUCUUCAAAAUCCACCUCGCCAAAGUCAAAAAUAUUCCACAAAAAGGCAAAGUCAACUUCUAAUAGUUCUUUGCCAUCAACAUCGAAAAAAUCAGAAGAAAACUCGCGAGGGAAAUCCAAAAAAUUAACCGAAAAAAAAAUUGGAAGUUUUUUGUCAGGGCGUCAUAAAUCCAAUAAAAAGUCAUUAGGAAAUACUUCUUCCAACGCCAAAACGGGGUCGUGUGCGAGUAGCCACAGGGGAUCAGAGAGGAGUAAAGCUCCCACUGUCGCAAGAUCCUCGGAUACUUCUCAAUCUCUAGACGUAUGCAGUGAUACAUCUGGUCCUGCAUUAAUGCGCAAAUCAAAGAUUUCACGAGAAGCGGGCAAUGCGAGUAAAUGUGAAGGAGAUAAUGACGGAGCGGAAACAUCUAAAUCGGCAGAGGAUUCUGCAUUAGAAGCUGGUGGUGCCACUUCAAGUAAUGCUAUGGCUACAUUAUCGAACAAUGAUAGUGAAUCGGAAGAUUCUGACGUCAAUCGACUGCAAGCACUGCUUGAAGCUCGUGGACUUCCACCACACUUUCUUGGCAAUUUAGGACCCAGAAUGCAACAAAUCCUGCACCGUUCCAUGGGAUCUGGCAUGAAUUCAAAAGCACAACAAUAUUUGCAAGGUUUGCAAGCAGUGGGGGAUGAGUCUCGUCAACUCCAAGCUGCGAUUGGUAUGUGUCAGUUGUUGGUCAUGGGAAAUGAAGACACACUCGCUGGCUUCCCAAUCAAGAGUGUUGUACCUGCUCUUAUUAAUCUGUUAAAAAUGGAACACAAUUUCGAUCUGAUGAAUCAUGCUUGUCGUGGUCUCACCUACAUGAUGGAAGCACUACCACGUUCUUCUGCUGUCGUAGUAGACGCAAUACCGGUUCUUCUUGAAAAGCUUCAAGUAAUACAAUGUAUGGAUGUUGCGGAACAGUCUUUAACAGCUUUGGAUAUGCUCUCUCAUCGUCAUGCUCCAGCAAUUUUGGCAGCCGGUGGACAGUCAGCUUGUCUGCUGUACAUAGAUUUUUUUUCGUUGCCUGCACAAAGAUCAGCCCUCUCUGUAGCUGCUAAUUGUAGCUCAGCAAUUGGAACUCUUUCUCCUGACAAUCCUAGCCCAAAAGAGGAAUUUCAGAGACUUGUGAAAAGUUGUUUGCCUUUGUUGUCUAGUCGUCUCACUCACCAUGAUAAAAAAUGUGUCGAAAGUGUCUGUCUUUGUUUUGUACGUUUAAUAGACAAUUACCAAUAUGAACCGGAUAUAUUAUCCGAGAUCGCGGAAAACGAUUUGCUCAAAAAUUUACAACAAUUACUCGUCAUUUCUCCACCUGUACUAAGCAGCAAUACAUUUGUGAUGGUGAUACGUAGCAUGACUGUGCUUUGCCGUAAUGUUCGUUCACUCGUUGUUGAACUGAUUCGAGGCAAUAUCGCAGAAACUUUAAGCUAUUUACUAUGUGGCACACCCUCAGAAGGAAGAAAUGGAAUAGUGGAAUUACUCUCACGAAGCUCACAAGAAUUAUUUGAAAUCACUACAUUAAUAACACACUUGCUUCCAAAGUUGCCAAUGGACGAUCCACUUUUUGCUAUAAAUAGUUUAACCUGUAAAGAUAAUUCUGAUUUUUCUGGAAAUACACAAUUGAAUGGAGUAAGCUGGCAAUGGAAGGAUGGCACGGGGCAAUGGCAGUCAUAUACGAAACACGCAAUACGAAUGUUGGAAUCCGCGUAUGCCGCUGGUGAACAUGAAGUAAAUCUCAAUACCCUGGACUCGUCUUAUACAAUCGAUUUUGAGAUAAUGCAACAAAUUAACGACGAUACAGGAACCUCUCGUUUUGUUCAACGAGUCCCUGUCAGAGUUGCUUACAAUUCUUCUCAUGGAUCUCUAGCAAGUCAAAAUUCAAAAAAAUCAGACAUGGAAUGGAACGAUAUUGAAAGAGACAUGUCAGAAUUUGGUCGAUUUGUCAAAACUAUUUUUGUAAUCAUUUAUGAAGUAUAUUGUUCAUCAGCAGGAUCUCCAGCUGUAAGACAAAGCUGUCUACAUGCCAUGCAAAAAAUGGUUUUCUUUUCAAAGCCUGAAUUAUUGAUUGAAGUAUUACGCGAUCUAACAUUGUCUAGUCAAAUCUCUUCAAUGCUUUCAAGUUUUGAUAUCAAACUCAUUGUCAGUGCACUACAAUUAUCAGAAAUGAUUAUGCAGAAAUUGCCUGAUAUUUUCAGAGAUAUGUUUUGUAAGGAAGGGGUGGUCCACCAGGUUAAACAACUGACUGAUCCCUCUCACCCAUUGGUAGGCACCGCUACAGAUAUAAGUAAAACAUCCGGUGCAAUUUCAAAUAGUAAAGAUGGAGCUUGUGGAGUCAAUCUGGCAACAAAAAAGUCGCCAAAUUCCAUGUCUGGAAAAAAGUCAUCGACAUCAUCGGAUGAUGUUUCUCCGCCAUUAACCAAAGCAAAAGCAUUUGCCGCUGCCAUGUCUGGGAAAGACAAUGGUGCCUCUGGUGGUGGGGGUGCGAAAAAGAAAUCCUCUACUCGUUCGUCGAGAAGUUCUAGGUCAUCUACGUCAUCUUUCCUGUCUAACUUCAAUCCAAGUAAAUGGGGAAAAUCGUUGUCGUCUGCACUUGGUCAUGAUAGUAGUGAAAGUAGUGCAUCUAAAUCAUCUGGUAAAACUAGUUUUUCAUCCAAAAUGGCGCAAAAUUCAUCAAGUGGUUCAGAAGCGGGAUCUUCAAAUAAAAGCGACGCCGAUAUGAAGCAAGUUCGACAGUGGAUCGUAAACCAAGCUAAGAAAUUUUUGGAAUACUUCAAAACGAGAGAUGAUAGUAAUCCACAAACCAAUGUUUUAGAUCAGUUGACAGAUAUUGCUAAAAACUUGUCUGAUCCUGCAAAAGAUGUUUUGGAAUCUCUUAAACAGUUGUGUGAUAUAAGUUCCUUGGAAGUAUCACCUUUUGAACUUCAACAUAGCGGAAUUGUUACUUCUCUGCUGCGGUUUUUCACUGUGCCAAGUUCUGUGAAUGAAACUCCCAACUGCGAUUAUGAUGAGUUACAUAUCAGAAUUCGGAAAUUUUUAUCUGUGUUUGCUGGCCUACCUGAAGAGAGUAUGCUGCCUAUCGGACGAACUAUUUCUCAUAUUGAUGAUACUCAAACAGAGCCUCUUCUCAAUAUGGUGCGAAAACUGAAUCAAUGCGUUGGACAGAUGGAACAAUUUCCUGUCAAAAGCCGUGAUUUAAUGUCCGGUAGUUCUCAAAUAUUACAUGUUCUAAGCACGAAACAGCUAAAAUGCCAAUUGCAACGUCACCCUGCGUCUCGUAGUAUUAAACAAUGGCUCGGAGGUCCAGUGAAAGUUGAUCCAUUAGUGCAAGUUCAUGCUAUUGAACGAUAUUUAGUCACGAGAGGAUAUGGCGUAAAAUCGUCAAAUAUAAGUUUAGGUGAACCUGCGAAGCAUAUGCAUUUAUCGCAAGUUGACGACCAGGAGGACGACUCUGAUGACGACAUGCAAAACACUGUCAAUGAUUUUGAUCUCGAUGCUCACAGUGAGGACUUUAUGAGCACUCCACCUGAGAGUAGAUUAUCAAGUGCAGCAAGUAACUCAGCAUCCAGCAGUAUGGAUGAUUUUGGUGACAUAGCUUCUGGUAGAGCACGAAAACCUCCAGAUGUUAUGCAUAAGUUAGCAUUCUAUAUUGGAGACCAUAAAGUUCCUCAUCAUAUUACUGUGUAUCAAGCGUUGCAACAAUAUGGCCAAGCGUCAAGUAACGGCCUAUCGGGAGAUGAAAGAGACCGUGGUUUUAGAGCUUUGGAAAAGGCAAGUUUCUGGAAUAAAACCCACAUUAUUAUGUACAGGCUUGCAAGUGAGAAUGACGAAAAUUCAAACAGUAGUCAUAAAGAGAAAACUUCGAUUAAAAAACAACGUGGUUCGAAACAAGGACGAAGUACCGGUACAAAAAGCAAAGUUAAUGAUCCUGUCUGGUCAAAUGGAAUUGUUAUGCCUCCAAGAAAUCCUUUACACCAGUAUCUAACGAAGGAACUUCCGCUGGAGUUCUCUACAUCUGAUCCAUGCAAAGAAGUACUAUGCUUACUUCGCAUUAUUCACGCUAUUGUCAGGUUUUGGUAUUACUUGUAUUCUCCUUAUGUAGUACAUACAGAUAAAGCUUUGGUACAACCAAGUGAUUUCGUCAAUUUUAAAGUCAAUGCUAAAUGUCAACAUCAGCUGCAGGAUCCUUUAGUUGUUAUCACUGGCCAAUUAAGCACAUGGGUACAAGAAAUCGGAAAUGUUUGUCCGUUCUUAUUAGCGUUCGAAGUUCGACAAUUGCUUUUUAAGGUUUCAGCUUUGGGAAGAGAUCGGGCAUUACAACAUCUUUUGGAAACGGGAGCUGCGCAAGAAUUCUCCACUGCUUUGAAUAUGUCGUCGCAUUCCAGUGAUAAUAGUAAUAGAUUGAGUCGUUUUAUGCCACGAAUUGAAAAAAAGAAAUGUUCCGUAUCAAGGAAAAAUUUACUCCAGCAAGCGGAAAAAAUUAUUUCUGAUCAUGGACAUUCAAGAGCAAUGAUUGAAGUCGAUUAUGAAGAGGAGGUUGGUACUGGUCUUGGUCCCACACUUGAGUUCUUCACUCUUACAAGUAAAGAGUUACAGGGCUGUUCACUCGGUCUGUGGAGAGACGAGCUUCCAGCUGGUGAAGCUCUGUCAGAUGAUGAUGAUGUUUCGGAUCCCUCGAAAGAUACUUCUAUCAAAAAGUACGUUGCUACGAAUGUUGGGCUAUUCCCUAAGCCUCUUGGCCGAGCUGCCAAACACAACCAAGUUUCACGAAUAAAAUCAAAAUAUCGUUUUAUCGGUAAAUUUUUAGCGAAAGCUCUCUUGGAUGGAAGGCUCGUUGAUCUACCUUUAAGUACAACCUGCUACAAAUGGUUGUUGGGUAAAGAGCACUGCUUCACAAGUUUAGAUUUGAUGUAUGUGGAUACCUCUCUUGCUUCCUCUCAUGGUCAGUUUCGUGUGGUUGCACAGGAACGUGAACAUUGUUUUUCUGAUCACGAAAAACUGGAACAAUUAUCCAUGGAUGGAUGCCCCAUUGAAGAUAUUGGAUUGGACAUGCGCUUGCCGGGUUAUCCAAAUGUCGAACUUCUCAAAAUGGGGAAAAACACUUCAGUUACUCCACACAAUUUUGAUAAAUAUCUCGAUCUUAUUACACACUGGACAUUACAUGAAGGCGUUAAACAUCAAAUGGAUGCUUUGAGAGAAGGUUUUAACUCCGUUCUUCCCAUCUCAUGUUUAAACUAUUUUUAUCCAGAAGAACUCGACCAACUUUUCUGUGGAUGCAGGUAUCAACCAUGGGACGUCAAUGAGCUGAGCGAGGCUUGCCACCCUGACCACGGUUAUACUCAAAAUAGCGUAACUGUAAAGUCUUUGUAUAAAAUUCUUUCUUCGUACACUGCUUCAGAACAACAAAACUUUUUGCAGUUCGUUACAGGUUGUCCACAUCUACCUGUUGGAGGACUUCGCGUUCUUAAUCCAAGAUUAACCAUUGUUCGAAAAACAUGUGAAGACGCUAAAAACAUUGACGAUUAUUUGCCUUCUGUUAUGACAUGCUUGAAUUAUCUUAAACUGCCUGAAUACUCCAGUGAGGAAGUUAUGAGAAAAAAAUUAAAAACUGCAAUAAAAGAAGGCCAAAAAUCAUUUUUGCUUUCAUAGAUUGUUUUAAAAGAAAGGUGACUAAAAUUUUCUUUUGGUUGGGAUUUUCAAAAACAAAUUGUAAACAUUGAAAUCUGAUUUCAAGAUUUGGGAUUUCAGUGUUGUGUGCUGAAUAAACUCAACUCUAAAAUAAGAGUGAAAAUAAUUCAAUUUUAUCAAGUUUUUUGGGAUUAGUCAAAAUUAUUUUUCUCAUUUUAUGUACACUCCACAAUGGUUAAUAUUAGAAUUACCAUGUUGCAAAUGUCUGUGUUGAAGUUAUUCAAAUCAGUUUUUUGUGCGUUUCAUGUCGAA